UAGUUGAAACUCGAUUUCAGUUUUGUGCAGUGAACAAUCGACGCUACACGUCUGUGUGUAGCUAAGUGUUAAGAACGUUAAGAUGAUUCCAACAGUGCAGGUGGUGCUGAAGCUGUUACUAAUUGUUUCUACGGUGUACGGACUUAGUAUUGUCCGUGAUCAACAUGUGAAGGAAAAUCUGAUGAAUUUCAAUGACGUUGAUCAAACGUUAGCUGAGGAAGAUCGUGGCGUUGAUAGAGCUAGCUUUGCGAAAGUAAAUCGAGCUACUUAUGCCAAUCGGAAGCAGCAACGUGAAAGCAAGCAGUUGGAUCUGAACGAACUUGCACGGAAACGACGUGCGACGGAAGCGAAGGGUCAAGCCCAAACUAAGGGUAAGGAAUGUCGUACACGGGCUGGUGAGAAAGGACACUGCUCGAGCUAUCAAAGCUGCAAGGGUCCCGAGCUGAAGGAGAGCGUAUGGUCCAUCCUGCAGCAUCUCUGCAUUAUCGAGGGCAUGAGUGUCGGUGUCUGCUGCCCGGAUGUGGUACAGGAUGGCAAUGGCCCCGAGUUCUCUGCCCGACUGCCAGCCAGAGCCGAUUCGUACGAUGACGUCGAUGGAUUGGGAGAUGGACCAACGGGACGGGAUGCGAUCGUACGCCCGGAAGAGCGUGGUUGUGGACUGUCCACCAAGCAGCUGUCCAAAAUUUCCGGUGGACGUCCGGCCGAAUCUAACGAAUGGCCCUGGAUGGUGGCACUCGUCAUGUCAAAGACUUCGUUCUGUGGUGGCGUACUCAUCACCGAUCGGCACGUACUAACGGCGGCCCACUGUGUGAUGAAUCUGAAGCUGAACCAGUUCAUCGUACGACUCGGCGAGUACGACUUCAAGCAGUUCAAUGAGACGCGUUACCGUGACUUCCGUGUGGCGGAAAUUCGUGCUCAUGCCGACUUCGAUCAGAUCAGUUACGAGAAUGAUAUAGCGAUGCUGAAGCUGAUCCAGCCAUCGUUCUUUAACUCGUACAUCUGGCCGAUCUGUAUGCCACCGCUCGAUGAUACCUGGACCGGAUAUCAGGCUAUUGUGACCGGGUGGGGUACACAGUUCUUCGGUGGUCCUCAUUCACCCAUUCUGAUGGAGGUGAAAAUACCGAUCUGGUCGAAUCAGGAGUGUCAGGAGGUGUAUGUUAACCGUAUCUACAAUACGACCAUGUGUGCCGGCGAGUACGAAGGUGGAAAGGACUCGUGUCAGGGUGAUAGUGGUGGACCGCUGAUGAUACAGCUGCCCAACCAACGGUGGGCAGUCGUUGGUGUCGUUUCCUGGGGAAUUCGUUGCGGAGAACCUAAUCAUCCAGGUAUUUACACCCGGAUCAGUUCGUACGUACGGUGGAUCAUCGAAAAUGCUGUGUUCUAGUGUUCGGAAGCACAUGAGAAGGUUCGUUCGUGGCACAGCAUAAGCAAAAUGUCCAAGUAACUAUUUCUUAGUGCAUCUUCGAUGUCAUUCUUCUGUAUCUUGUACGACAUUCAAUAAUAAAGCAAUUGCAAUUCGAUUACAAA